AUGUACAAGUUCAUCGUUCUGACCGUCCUCGUUGCCUGCGCUGUCGCUGCACCAGCACCCGAGCCAGGCUUCCUCGCAUCUGCACCGGCAACCCUCCAUACAUCGUCGAUCGUCGCAGCUCCGGUUGCCGUCGCCCAUUCCGUGCCGGUCGCCACCAGCUACGCAAACACCUACAAAGUCAGCCUGAAGAGCCCUCUGGUUGCCACGGCUCCCUACAUCGCCGCACCGGUCGCCCAUGUCGCCGCACCGAUCGCCCACGUGGCCGCCCCUACGAUCUUGAAGUCAGCUCCGAUCGUCGCUGCAGCGCCAGCGGUCUACGCACAUGCAGCACCGGUCUACGCACAUGCAGCACCGGUUGCCCAUAGCAGCAGCGCCGUUGGCCGCUGCGCCAGCACCGCUUUGGAACCGGUACCAGCCCCGGCCAGAUCUGCCGCCUCUGCAAAAGCCCUCACACUCAUAUCACCGGCAUCCACCACGAAACUGGCGCCUCUGAUCACUCCGUUGAGCAAUGCACCUCUUCUGUUGCCUCUUCAGCCCACGCCAUACGCGUACGCUGCCCCGGCUAUCGCCACCCUGGAACUGGCAGCGGCACCUUCCAGCUACUCCAUCGAACAACACGGCUAUCGCAUUACCUACUGA